AUGAGUUGUGUCUCCGGUUUACCACAAUGUCCUGGAUUAACCAAAGAAACCAUGAAUGUAAUAGCUGAAAAGGUGAGCAUGGGUGGUGAGUGUAGUUACUGUAGUUAUUACCCCCGCUUUACAGCACACCUUUUGUCAACUGGCUUUUAUUUGCAAAAUAUAAAGCCUAUUAUUGUAUUAUAUUUUAUUAAAUACUAAAUAGCACUAUUGUUAAUUACUAUUAUCAGGUUAAACUAAUGGAUGAAAAUGCCAAACUAUGCACCAUCUCCAUGGACAAGAUGUCUCUCAAAGUAAAUCUUGCAUACAACUAAUGCAAAGAUGAAAUAAUUGGCCUUGAGGACUUUGGAGAUGGUGAGAAAGGUACAGACCUAGCAUCAUCGGCAUUGGUUUUCAUGGCUUGUGGAGUGUUAGAGAAGUGGAAACAACCACUUGGUCACUGUCUUAUUCACGAGUCAGGUGAUAGUGACAAACUGAAAGAAAAACUGUUCGAAGCAAUUGAUAAAAUUACAGCAAUUGGCUUAACAGUCCCUGCCAUUAUUUCUGACCUUGGUUCGAGCUUCAUCAAAUUGGCAAGGGAACUAAACAUCACCCCUGAAAAACCUUGGUUUAUACAUAAUGGAGUUUGA